GAACUUGUUGCUUGCCAGUACUUCACGGUUUCUGUCGCCCUGUUCAGAACCAGGAUCAUCCCGGAGCGGGACCCUGCAACUGUGGGGCAUCAAGGAGAGGAGAAGGGCACACCGGGAAGAUACGCGCUGAUGCGCCAAUUUGGAGUGGACCUACUGAGGCACUUUUUACGCACGCAUGUUACGCACUGGGACUAACUCGAUUUAAGGACAUACAUCGAUAUUUGUGCAUUUUAUGGAAUAAAACACAUAUAAACAUGAUACUAAAUAUAAAGCAUAUCCUGUGGUUAUACUGUCUCUGUGAAGCUGCAACCGCAACAGCCUCCAACACGUUAUCAAUAAUCAGACCGGUCACUGGGUCCCUCUCAGGGAAGGUGAACCUUCCCUGCUUCUUCUCCACAAUCCCAACCUCAGCACCUGUCAUCAGUCCCAAUGGAACAGCCAUUUAUAGCAACGACUACCUGCGAAUCAAAUGGAGCAAAAUAGAGGGGGAAGUAGAAUCCACAGUGCUAGUGGCGCAAAAUGGGGUCAUCAAGAUCGGCUCAAGCUACAGGAACCGAGUAUCAGUGCCCAGUCACCCCGAGGAUGUCGGUGACGCCUCAUUGACGAUGGUCAAGCUACGAGCCAGCGACGCGGGCACAUAUCGCUGCGAGGUCAUGUAUGGCAUCGAAGACACCCAGGAUACGGUGAACCUCGACGUCAGCGGUGUUGUUUUUCACUACCGAGCAAGCACCAGCAGGUACACUUUGGAUUACCAGAAGGCCGUCCAAGCUUGUCAAGAUGUUGGAGCAACCAUUGCCACUUAUGACCAGCUGAAAGCAGCCUAUGAGGACGGCUUCGAUCAGUGUGAUGCCGGUUGGAUUGCUGACCAGACAGUGAGAUAUCCCAUUAUAAAUCCUAGAAAAGGCUGCUACGGCAACCUUCUGACCAAACCUGGUGUGAGGUCAUAUGGAAGCAGGAAACCCACGGAGACCUAUGAUGUAUACUGUUAUGUAGACAAGCUCGAUGGUGAGGUCUUCUAUGCUCCUGUGACCCAGAAGAUGACUUUUGAAGAGGCCCGUGCAGAGUGUGAAAAGAGGAACGGUGUCCUGGCAAGCCCUGGUCAGCUCCACGCCGCUUGGCGACAGGGCCUGGACAAAUGUGACUAUGGCUGGCUCUCCGAUGGCAGCGUACGACAUCCAGUUGCAGUACCCAGGGUCAAGUGUGGGGGAGGCCUGCUUGGUGUCAGGACCAUGUAUCGCUACAGAAACCAGACCGGCUUCCCAGAACCAACAAGGAAGCUUGGGGCUUACUGUUUUAAAGGUGGUCGAAGAGCAGACACAGUCUCUAUGGGGUUUUGGGAGUUUUGGGAGGGUCACGACUGUAAGGGAAGAACAGUGACGCGUGUCAAAGAAGGAAGGACAUGGGUGAUCAACCAGACUUCCUUUGUGGAUGUGUCAGUGGCAGCAAUCACCACCAGCACCAUCGCUCCCACUACCUCCAUCCCUUUAAUCGAGAGUACCACCACCAUAACAACUACAACAUCUGACACAGUAUCACAUCCAGAAGAGUCUUCAGACUCUCCAGAUCUUACAGAUCUUCCAUCUAUGUUCUCAACCAGCAUGGCUCCACCUCGUCCUACUCCAGCGGGCCAAGAAGAAGAGUUAUUCACAACAGUUGCACCCACAAUCGAAGAGGAACAUGAGGACACAGAUGUUACAACUGCAAAAGUCUUUGACAUUAAUGACUUUGUGAGUCAGAGUGUAAACACUGAGGAAAUUGUUCCACAUCGUGGUGACACAAUCUCAAAACCCACAACGGACAGCACUGAUACCACAGCGUCCAUGGAGGAGACAGACGAUCACUCAGUGAUUGAGAUCAGCACAAUCCAACCUGAUGUCCCCAUACCAGAUGAUUCUCUCAGCACAGAGUCCCAGUUUGCUGAGGGGAAGACAGAGGAAACUAUUUUGGAUACUGGGAUCACCACAGCGAUGACAUCUGAUCUUACUGACAACCCAACAGAAUCAACAGAACCAACCCAUGAGGAAGAGCUCAGCUCCUCAGAAUCAACUUCAUUAACCUCAACCACUGAGCUUCCUUCAGCAACACCUUUCCCAGACUAUUAUGACGACAUUGAGACUGAGUUUUCAUUACACGCCCAGCCACCUACUCCGCCACCCCAACGAGACCUCUCAUCCAGCCCAUCAGACAGCACUGGUAUUGCUGAUACAAUCGUUCCAACAACAAUCCCUACAGACACCACUGACACCACUGACACCAUCCACCUGAUUGACAGUGAGACCUCAGUUGAAGAUGAGACACCAUUAACAACUGUUGACAUCUUUGAUGAGUCCACCACUCAGGUGCCAGAGCGCAGUGGUGACACCCUGACUGAGUCUGACACAGCAAAGGACAUCGGCACAGAGUUCUUUACAUCGGCUCCAGUGGCUUCAGCUGUUUCCAGCACAAUCACUCCUCCAGGUGCAGCGCUCACUGAGGAGCAGUCCACCCAAAUGACCGCCAUCAUGCAGAAUGUAUCAGUUGAUCAGGCUCUACAGCCACAAGAUUCUAAAUCUCCUGCAAUACCAGUUGUGCCUGACCACCCCACCCCCUCCAUCGCCGAUGGUGAGCCGAUCCUGCAGAGUGGAGACCCAGACCCGUUCCCUUCAGCCACUGUAACCAUCACUCCAACUGUCAGCUUUAUAAAUGGUAAACAGGAGAUCACACUGGAGCCACAGAGCCCUGAGGAAAAAGAGGCCAAAGGUACUGAGAUAAUGACAAAUGUGACAACUCUCGGAGCUAGUGAUGAAAUAAAUACAGUGUUCGAUUAUCGUUGGACCGAUGUCCCUGGUGGUAGCUCCACUGAAUCUACAGAGGAGCCCACAGCAACACUAACCUCUACAGAGAUCCCAGAUGUUGAUGAAUAUGACCCCGAUAUAAUCCCAAUAGUGGAGUCAACUCCUCCACACAUUAAGGAUGAGCUGACCACAAAAGGCCCGUCACACAAAGACGUAACCUCAGCUCUAGCUUCAACAGUGGAGGACAAGGCUCCCUCAAAAAGUACACAGAAAACUGAAGCAGCCCCAGCUGCCACAGAUACCACUGACUUUGGUCCUACAAUAACUCCAGCUGGGCCACAGAUCACCAAAGGAACUGAGGAAACCCAAACAACAAAGCCUCAUAUGGUAACUUCUGUCAGCACCACGUCUGUACUAGAAGAGGUGGGUGAGUCAGGGAGGACUCCCACGUAUGUGAAAAGUGACUCAGAAAUAACUCCGAGUGAGAAACCUGAAGAUAAAUCCCCUGUUGCCGCUUCAACUGAACUUUACACAGUCAGAGAUAAGGCUGAAACCACAGCGGAAACAAAAAGCACAUCUGCCACUCCAGCUGCUGAAGACAGCACUCAGUCUACAUUACAGACUGUGUAUACUCCCUCGCCUGAUGACGCUGAUGGGAAAACACCAACAUCAACUAGUGACUCACAAGGCUUCACUCAAGAUGUAAAGGGAGGGAAAGAGGUCCAAACCCCAAAAGAAUUUGCCUUCAGCACAACGACUCCUUCAGUAUUUAGCGGUUCAGCCUCUCCUGAAGAGAUAGCCAAGACUGAGACAACACCAGCUGUAGACAUAGGCAGCACCGAAUCAUCAGCAUCUGCAGCACCUACUCGAGCUGAAACUUCAGAGGGUAGACUCACAAGUCAGGGAGGGAGUACAGUCAGUCAAAUACCUUCCAUCUCACCUGAUGCAAUGUCUACACCCGAGGAAGACAGCUCAGCGGUCCAAACAGUAAACUUGUUUACAACCAGCCCACAGUCCAUUAGCUCUUCACUGACGUCAACAUUAUCUUCAAGUUUAGGCCCUACAGAUACAAAAGAUCACAUUCCACAGGAGAGUGAAUUAACAUCUCAAACAAUACAAACAGCUGGCACAGAUAAAGCAUCUACUCCUGCCACAGGUGUGAUGGAAAAAACUUCCACACCUUCCACUCUACAUGAAGAUGAGACAACUCCUUCCUCUGAAUCCAUUGCAAAAACUGAUUCUCCAUUGCACAGUGCUAUUGAAAUUAUUAAGACUACAGUGGCCUCAUUUACUGAAUUUUUCAGCCAGUACUCAUCACCAAGUGCGUCAGUGAUUACUGAAUUGCUUGAUGAGAAACGGGAUUCAGGUGAAGAAACUGUCACUGGUGUCACAGAUAUGUCUGGUUUGCUGUCAGUUUCAACUGUGAAAUGGUCAAGUGUAGCUCAGGACACGACUCAACCACAGUCUUCAACAGUGAAUCUUACAGAGACAGUUUCAUUGCAUCCUAGCACUGCUGAAGAGAGUGCAGAUGGCCAGACAUCAGGUACAAUGUCAACAGAAGCUACAAUAACACCUUCAAUACUUAGCACAGAAAAAGCAGUCCAAGGGACAACACAAUUUGAACCGGUUCAUGUCUCAACCACAACUGGCAAAGAUGUUUCUGAAACAGCCAUCACUGCAGCUUCAUCUCUCUACACAACUGAGAGACCAACAUCAGUGUCACCACGACAAGAUACUGUCACCACAAGUAAGUCGGAGGAUGAUUCAAUAACACCAGAGGAAAGGACUACAUUCCCAACAACAGAUGAUAAGAGUUCAAGUGAACUGACAACGGACACCUCCAGCAAACUCACAACAGUUCCAACAGGUUCCUCAUUAUUCAGCACAGAGACGCCAGCAUCACUUCCAGUGAAGGAACAUGACAGCUCUCCCACCGAUGAGACAG